AUUAACCUGCAGAGAAUUGCGAAAUGUCUAUUUAGAAUGUCGCAACACGUGAUACGAUUCGAAAGAACUUGGUAAUAAAUUGAAAUUUAAAAUGCAAGAAAUAUUUCUUCCUCCGCAUGUGUGGGAUAUGAUCUUCAUGUAUGUAAGGAACCCAUUCCGGCUGAUGAAACUUCGUGAGGUUUCAAAAUUUUUUAAGGAAAUAAUUGAGAAGAAAAUUGAAAAUACAAACAUGUGGAAGGUGCUCUGUCCACCGUGGGUUGAAAGUUGGAUGCAUACUAUUAUAAAAAUUAAAUAUCCCUACAGACAAUUUCUUGUCAAUGACAUUUUGUCUGACGAAGACUAUAAAGAACAUUUUAUAAAUUACCAAAAAUGGCGGAGGGUUGCUAAUUUAAUAGAACCGAAAUUCAAUGUUGAUUUUCAGAAAUUUUUUUUAGAGGGUAAAGAAGUAACAUGUGUUGAUGCAUGCGGAAGGUUCAUCAUUUUUGGAACAAAUCUUGGACGCGUCCAUUUCUCAUUAGUUACAGAGCCAGAAAAACUUGUUCUAGUACACGAUUUUAAAAAAUCUGUAACGGAUAUAAAAUUUUGGUUUACUGAUGGAAAUAUUGUUGUUGUUGCUUUAAUUGAAAAGUACUUACAAUUUUGGUAUUUAAAUGAAGCUAGUGAAAUUUCGAAUUCAAUUUGCGACAUGACUGAGCACUUAUGUAUUGGUGUGGCCAAUCGUCUUUUUGUUGAAAAUCAGCUUCUUAUAGUGGAGUAUAAAUAUGAAAACAAACGUGUAUUUCCUUCAAGAAAUUGCACGAUACCGAAUGAUAAUUCUUCAAAUAAACCUAAAUUUCUUUCAAUGCACAAUCGAUCUGAUGAUCUAACAGUGAUGACAGAGAUGAAUAGAAUAAUUACAGUAUAUGAGAUUAAUUUUCCUGAUGUAAGCUCUGAAAACAUAGAGUUGAAAAAAGUCUAUGCAAUUAAUCAUAACAUAAUAUACGAUCCAGAAAGACCCAUUAUUUCUAGUAUGCCUAUUGAAGAAACUGGAUUUUAUACUGCUGAAAAUAAUAUAAUAGUUCAUUCAAAGUUUCCGGGUCUUGAACGAAAAUGGUCAUCUUUAAAAUUAAACAUACCAUUAAAAGUUGAUAAUAUUGUAAAUGUUACUAUGUUUGCAAAUAUUUAUUUUAUAUGUUGGGAGUCAGGAACAAUUGAUAAAGUUUCUAUUAAAAAAUCUCAAAAUAAAAAAGACUUUGUAAUUAAAAAAUUAAAAAUUUCAUUAGUUUUGGAAAAGCCAACUAUCGCUAUUAAUUUUACAGAGCAUAAAGAUCAUAAGUAUGCUAUUUUUACUACAAAAACUUCAGCGCAUUAUUUAACUAAAUAAUU